AUGGCCCUCGCGCACAAUGGCAUCCUCCGAGGGCUGAACUCGAUCUACCUCCAAGCGACGCACAUCCCCCGUGAAGACCUGGCCGCGAUCUGCGACUUCUUGACAUAUUGCCAAUGCUGGGGUGAAUCCAUGCAACACCACCACGAUGCCGAAGAAGAGGUUUUCUUCCCGAGCAUCGAGCAGAUCUCGGGUGUCCAAGGAAUUAUGGAUCGCAAUAUAGAGCAACACCGAGCAUUCACCCCUGGGUUUGACCUGUUUCAGGAAUACGCGCGGACUUGUCCUCCCCAAGACUAUGACGGAGCGAAGGUCAGGAGCCUGAUCGAAGGGUUUGCAGAGUCAUUAUCUCGACAUCUGCGCGAAGAGAUUGACACUCUGCGAGCUCUCGACGCGUACGACAGUGAGCGUGUCCGGCAAGCUUAUAAGCGUCUGGAGAAGUCCCUAAUGGCUACGGACAAUGUUAGACGUCCCUGUGAUGUACAAGCAUAA